AUGCCAGCAGCGGCAGCCAUUCCUGCGAGUUUAAAUUACCAAAUGUUUCAAGCCUGGGUAAGUCAUGUGAAGCGAUAAUUUAUUUUAUUUUGUAAAUACUGGCUACUUACGCACGUAUAGUAGAAAUUAAAUAUCACACGUUACCUGCAGGCACAGUUUUCAGGGGCCGUUCAUUUCUCAUAAACUGGGCAGAUAGGGAAUCCGGCGCAUGAGCUCAAGCUAAAUGCCAAAUGCCCUACCGUCAGCCACUUUAACUGGAGUCGCGCUUAAAGGCACGGACUAAGGGUCGAGACGGACAGACGCUUUUAAUAAUUAGGUCUUCUGCAUACUGUAACAAACUCUGUCCUGACGAAUUUUCAUUUCCUCCCUCCCCCCUCCCCAAGAUGCAUAUCCUGCUAAUCUGGCUUUCGGGAUCCGCCAUUUUCUGCCUCAUCAUGCCCAUAGUCUUCGAGGUUGAGAACAUUUAUUUGGCCUACAAACGCCGACAAGAGGCAGAAAGGCCCGACAGCUUCAAAGCAGGACAGUCAGCGACAUUCACACAGGGCAUUGUGCAAAAAGUGUAA